ACUCAACCAUAUCCUCCAAGGUCUCAGAGUACGACAACGUGCCUGUGCUACCAAUAGAUUACCACAACCACGUCCCCGCGCCCUUCCCUGCCUCCAUCGAUGACCUGUCACCAGUCCCUCAACACCGGAGCUCCCUGUCCUCCUCCUCCACCUUCGCCGUCUCCACCGUCUCCCCUUCGUACAGUCUCCAGUGCGAGGAAUCAGCCUCGGCAACUCCCCGCUUGUUGCAGUUCCCGACAGAGGAGAAUCAGCUUCCCUUCGACACUGAAAAGAAACAGCAACAGCAACAGCAUGCGCGUCUGAACCCAAGCCUCCUUCCGCAAGAUGGACAGCAGGAUGCGUAUCGGCAGAACAGACAACAGGCAAUGGAGAUGUCCUCGCGGCACAGUGCCACCACACAUCAGCACCUUCAACAUAACCCAUGUCGGUCGCAUCGGGAGAGCUACGGAGGAGAGAUGGGCACUGGGGCCUCGAUGGUGUUCUACUUCUUGGUGUUCCUUGCCGAGAUUUUAAUGUUCGGCCUGCUGAGCCUGGUCCUCUUCUGGGUCGUGUACUACCGGGGGGGAUUCGCCUGGCGGGAAGAUGUCGCCAAGGAGUUCAACUAUCAUCCUGUGCUUAUGAUCACCGGCUUCAUCUUCUUCAUGGGCCACGCCAUGUUGGUGUACCGGUUGUAUCGAUGCUGCAACAAACUGACUGCCAAAAUUCUGCACACCUUCCUUUACCUGAUGGCAGUUCCUUGCAUUGUUGUGGGAACAAUAACAGUGUUUGAUUCCCAUAACCUGAAGGUACCACCUAUCCCCAACCUGUACUCCCUCCACUCCUGGUUGGGGGUGGUAACUAUUGGACUCUUUGCCCUGCAGGUAACACACACGCUUGUGGUUGGGUUCUUCAGCUUCUGGAUCCUAUUGUGCUGUGAACAGGGCACAGCCAAAUUCCGGGCUGGACUUGUGCCAGUCCAUGCUACCUUUGGCAUAAUUACUUUCAUGCUGGCCAUAGCCACAGCCGUCACUGGGUACACUGAGAAGGCCAUCUUUUCCCUUAGUGAAAGUCUGUGUUCAGAGCCUCGCAUACAGUCUUUGCCUGUGUCAUAUAGGCUGAAUACACCUGUACUGUUUGUGUGGACAUGUAGCAUCAUCAAACUGUUCACCUCCUCCUGCUGUGUAGUCCACUUGAGAGACACCAAGACCAAUGAAAUAACUUACUCGAGGAUGGAGAACGAGGCCAUCAUCAUCAACACUCAGGCUGCUGCUCUGGCUGCCCUCGGCAUCCUUUUACCUGUCAUGUUGGCUCUCCGCCCCUUCAGGAGGAGGUGGAGUGAGCGCCUCACUGAACACCUGUGAAACUGAAGUUGCUCUCAACACAGUGGAGAGCAAAUCAAGUUGCAAAUGACACAAGGAUUUUGUUAUGAGAAAUUCUUUUUAUUCUUAUUGAAUUAAGUUGUUUUCUUAAUAAUAUCACAUGUUAUCAUCAGACAUUUAAAAUUGUUAGUUGUAACAAAAUAAAUACAUGUGCUUAUGUUAAAAAUACAUAUACUCAUGUUACACACGCACACACACACACACACUGCUCUGGUAGCUCAGUAGUGAUGCCCAUGCCUUUUUUCUUGCCAGGCUAAGGUUUGCACCUUUCUCUCAUUGUUAAGGUUCUCAUUGAUGACUGAGUAAUUACUACCCCUUCUUGAGCAAGAGAAUGGAGUGUACAGCAUGUGGAAAGUCACAGCCAUAGAUCAAACUAUACAAGCUCCAAAUCCUCUCUUGGAGACUAUAAUAGUAAUUACAAAGUCCAGUACAUAAUAUGCAAGACCUUGAGUGAGUAUACUCUCUCUCUCUCUCUCUCUCUCUCUCUCUCUCUCUCUCUCUCUCUCUCUCUCUCUCUCUCUCUCUCUCUCUCUCUCUCUCUCUCUCUCUCUCUCUCUCUCUCUCUCUCUCUCUCUCUCUUUUUUACUUUCAAUAGACGUAACUGAGUGCCUGCUUUGGUAUCUAGUAUGAUCAUCUAUGUAUAUUAUAUGAAUCAUUUUCUCUCAGUUGUAUGUGACCUGCUUAAUACUUUUGAGCUUAAAUAUAUCAAUCAUUAUAUAAGUAGAUGAAAUAGAGCAACUGUGCAAUUCUGUAAUGGAGCUAAAUCUUUUACAGUUAAUGUACAUUUGUGGAUUGUCAGUAACAUUUUUGCAUGUGAUGACUCAAGUACUGUGGUCCUUUCUAGAAUAUGGUGAAGGUAGCAGGUCCAUGUAUCAUGUUUCUAAAAUCCAUAUUGUACAAUGGAAAUUUAAGUAGUUUAUACAAAUGUUUAUAUAGCUGCUCUUGGCUAAGGGCUUUGAGUGUGUGUGUGUGUGUGUGUGUGUGUGUGUUUGUGCACACACGUGCUUAUUCACCUAACUUUGACUGUCCUUGUCCUGCCCCAGUACAGAGAGCAGGCAUGUUUGUUUCAUGGAAAAAAGGAGAGAAUUACCAUAAUAAUAGUGAUGAUGUUACAGGAAAGGCAAUAUUGUGGAUACAUGACAUAACUACAUGCCAGCUCUGAAGGGUUGGACCUCCUUGACCCUAGAAUCUUGAAUCUUGUGCAUAGACCUGCUUAUGUCAUGUAAAGGUAGCAGUUCAUGUCACUACUUUUUUUUUUAAAUUGUCUCAGUUCUAUAACUUACUCAGGAGGGACCACUGUAUACUUUCACAGUUUUUAAGGAGAAUGUGCUAAGACACCGUGCAGUAUUGGAGGUUAUGCAACCUUGCAAGAGAGCUGUCAGUUGAUAAGUUGUGUGUUUGCUCACACAGGGAAACUUGUUAUUUAUUAUUAUUAUUAUUAUUAUUAUUAUUAUUAUUAUUAUUAUUAUUAUUAUUUAUUUUUAUCAUAUAUAUAUAUAUAUAUAUAUAUAUAUAUAUAUAUAUAUAUAUAUAUAUAUAUAUAUAUAUAUAUAUAUAUAUAUAUAUAUAUAUAUAUAUAUAUAUAUAUAUAUAUAUAUAUAUAUAUAUAUAUAUAUAUAUAUAUAUAUAUAUAUAUAUAUAUAUAUAUAUAUAUAUAUAUAUAUAUAUAUAUAUAUAUAUAUAUAUAUAUAUAUAUAUAAAGAUGAGACCAAAGUGAGUAAAUGUGAUGUUAGAAUGUACAACAGAUGUAUUCAGCAUAAUUUUGUUGGAUAGUUAUUUUUACAGACAAUAAGAACAGAGAACUAUUUCUUGGUAAAAUAUCUUAUUCUGAAAUUAAAGAACUAUGGUAAUAAUAGAUACUCUGAACAAGUAAAGUAAAAUGUUAUUUUCUGAGCUUUAAUAUAUCUAAUCUAGUAUUUUAUAAUCCCUGUUGAAAAAAAAUUUCAAUUAAAGAUUUAGAAUUA